GUACUAGCAGAGGAGGAGGAGGAGGAUGGGGUACUGCUAACCAGAGAUACACAAAUGUUAUCCAGCCAUCUACCUUUAAGUCUAAUACAUGGGGUGGCAGCAGAGAUCACGGAAGAGGAUUUUUUGGCUCCCCUGAUUUUGGAUCAUCAGGCAGCAGCAGCAGAAAUGCAGACUUUUCGCAGAACAGAUUCUCUGCAUUAACGAACAAUCAAAAUAUUGCUGAUGGCGCUAAAGAUGAAGAUGAGAGACUUAUUGAAAGUGUAGUGAAAGACAUGGAAAUUUGGGAAUCUUCAGGACAAUGGAUAUUUUCAUGUUAUUCACCGAUGAAAGAAAAGCUGAAUGUCUCAGGCUUUCCAGAUUUCUCACCAGAAGAGUUGCAUCUGGAGUAUUAUAACUACAGAGCAAACAAUAACAUUCAGAGCUAUAUGGAUUCUGUCCAACAGUUAGCAAAACAAUGGAAAAAUCGGCUGGUUCAGUUGAAAACUUCAGAUGAAUCAACAAAAGCAGCUUUGCUAUCUGAAUUAAAGAGUACGGUCACUCAACCAUUGCCUGCUUUUGGAUUUGGAGGACAGCAGACAUCAAGCUUUGGGUUUUCAAACUUUCCUGUUAACAGCAGCAGUAACAGUGCUAGCAGUUUUUCCUUUAAACCAAGUUCCAGUCUCCUCAGUGCAUCAUUUGGAAAUGCCCCUGCUUUUGGGAGCUCUUCUGCUGGCAGUAAUCCUCCUGCGUUUGGGGUGACAUCCUCUCCUAGCGUAUCCCAUUCUGUUGGUUUCGCCAGCCAGGCGGCUCCAUCUGCAGCCUCCUUCUCCUUUAAGACUUCUGAAACAACCAGUGGUUUUGGAACUUCUGGGUUUUCAGGGUUUGGCAGUUCUUCUGCUGUGAACUCUUCAAGCACUGCUCAGCUUACAGCCUUUGGAGUUUCUAAUGCAGCAGCAGCAGCUUCUCCCUCCCAUUCAAGUACUUUAUUUGGACAGACUGCCAGUGCCUCUGGGCAUAACGUAGCACCAGUGUCUUCUACAGUCACAAACAAUGCUAAAUCAGAAAAGUUAUUUACACCAAAGAGCGAAUUGUCAGUUGAAGAGUUGAAACAAUUCGAAGCAAAAAAGUUUACGAUGGGAAAGAUUCCUCUUAAGCCGCCACCAUUAGAACUUCUGCAUGUUUAG